AUGGAUCCUGUGCAGGCGGCUGUGGUGGAGAUUCUGGGAAUGGCAGACUUGUACAGGAGGAUUCAGGACACGUGCUGGACAAAGUGUGUACCCAACGUGAAGGAACCGACGUUGGACGCAGGCGAAAGCAGCUGUUUAGAUCGCUGCGUGAACAAGUACACGGACGUUCACACCAUCGUUGGCAAGGAGCUCCAGACAAAUGCGCCCGAAGCCCAGAAGUGA